UAUCAUCCAUCUCAUUAAUAAUUCCGCAAGGACAAAAGAGCCAGAUUCGAUUGCGAUGGCGUCCGUCGUCAUCUCUCCUACGCUCUUUCUCGCGCUGCGCUCCCUGACCUCAUUCUUUUGCCGCCAUGUACGAUUAGGAUUAGGAAUAGGAAGGCUGAUGCUUUCAGAUCAGAUUAAACGGUGCGGUGCGGCUGGAUGGAUAAGCGAGGCAAAAAAGGCAUAAGGAUGACUGUCCCGGCGGCUUGUUCUUCUGUCUCGACUCGAGACAAUCCAAACCAUGCUUUGCUUGUCUUCAUCUUUAACUUAGAAAAAUAUGGGAAAUGAGGCGGCGGAGGAGGAGGAGGAGGCGCCGCGCAUGUGUCACGAAUGAAUGAUGGCGCUAGUGAGUAGACAGUCCAAUUUCCAAUUGGCAAUGGCAUAGCAUCAUCAGUGCUGGGAUUACCAGAGAAAGAAUCCCUCCGCGUCUUCACCGACCCUCUCUGAAGUCCGUUAUCCACAUGGCUCGCUCUUCUCUGGAUGAGAUGUCAGCCACGGGUGCUUUUAUUAGGCAGCCUUCAACUUUUCGGAGUUCCAUUUCCAGGGACCCAAACUCUCCCUUCCCUGCUGAAGCUGGGAGGUAUCAUUUGUAUGUAUCGUAUGCUUGUCCUUGGGCAUGCAGGUGCCUUGCAUACCUGAAGAUCAAAGGGCUUGACAAAGCUAUAAGUUUCACUUCAGUCAAACCAAUUUGGGGAAGGACCAAGGAUGGCGAUGAACAUAUGGGAUGGAUUUUCCCAUCUUCUGAUACGGAGGAACCAGGUGCAGAACCAGAUCCUUUAAAUGGAGCAAAAAGCAUACGAGAUCUGUAUGAGCUUGCAAGCUCAAAUUACACUGGAAAAUACACAGUUCCGGUUCUUUGGGAUAAAAAACAGAAAACAAUAGUGAAUAAUGAGAGUGCAGAGAUAAUUCGCAUGCUCAACACAGAAUUCAAUGAUAUUGCUGAAAAUGCUGGAGUAGACCUCUAUCCUCCUCGCCUGCAAUCCCAAAUUGAUGAAAUAAAUGAUUGGGUAUACGAUGGGAUUAACAAUGGUGUCUAUAGAUGUGGAUUUGCUAAGAAGCAAGAGCCCUAUGAUGAGUCCAUGACAAAAUUAUAUGAAGCUUUAGACAAGUGUGAGGAAAUACUCAGCAAGCAGAGGUACUUGUGCGGGAAUACCCUGACCGAAGCUGAUAUACGCCUGUUUGUUACCCUCAUAAGAUUUGAUGAGGUGUACGCAGUUCACUUCAAAUGUAACAAGAAGUUGUUGCGUGAGUAUCCGAAUAUGUUCAACUAUAUCAAGGACAUUUAUCAAAGCCCGGGAGUUGGGAGCACCGUGAAUAUGGCACACAUCAAGAAGCACUACUACGGAAGCCAUCCUUCCAUCAACCCAUUCGGGAUAAUUCCACAUGGCCCAAAUAUCGACUAUUCUGCUCCACACGACAGGGGGGAGAGGUUUGCCUCUGCUAACUAGACGAAGAUGAUGAUGAACAACUGAAGAAAGAAGAAGAAGAA